UAUCUAUCGCUCUGUAUCUCUCUCUCUCACGUACACACACUCACACCCACAGUACACACAGAGAGAGCUCCACUCCCAUCAAUGGCGAAACACCGAUCUUCACCAUCUCUCUACCUCAUCACUCUCCUCACCAUCUUCUCUUUAACCCUCCUCCACAUCUCCGCCGAUUCCCACUUCGAAGGCUUCGACGCCGACGACGAAAUCGAUCUCGCCGACGAAACUCUCCCCGAUCUCCCUCUCCGCCGUUCCCCUCCUCCUGCCACCACCUUAUCAGCCUCCGAUCCUCCGCCUUCAUCAGCCCCUUCUCCUGUUUCCGAUCUCCCCACCAAACCCUCUUCACCCGCUUCUUCAUCUUUUGAUUUCUGGGAUGAAGACGAAUUUGAAGGCUUCCCUGUUGAAAUCCCACUUGAAAACCCCGACAUUCUGGCCGGUUCAGGUGGAGAAAAAACCGAACCGGCAGGACUUGAGUCGGGUUCUGAACAAAACCCAAAUUCAGAAACACCCAAAGCUUCUAGAAAUAUUAGAAAUUAUACUGUUGAGAUAAUAUCCGUAUCUAUAUUGAUUAUAUUUGCUACUAAUUAUUUUACUGGUAAAAAGGAAAAUGAGACUUUAGCUUUAGCUUGGGCUGCAAAAUUUGCAACAAACGGGUCGAUUUUUGAGAAGAAUUUUAGUUUGUUAGGUGUAGGAGAAGGUGAGGAUUCUCCUUUGUUGUUGAAAGAAGGGCAAAAUGUGUUUAAGUUUUACGCGAGUGGGCGUAGGUUUUGUUCGGCAGUUUUGGGGACAAUAGAGUUGAAAAGCCGGCAUGAUUUGAUUGCUAGGUUGUAUAAUAUGAUUGUGCCGUGUAAAGAUGAGAUUACGUUCGAGGUUUAUAUGAACGAUGAUGCUAUGGAUUGUGUUGUUUUUGGUUUGGCGAGAAAGAAGGCGGCCAAGGUUAUGCAUAAGGAGGAUAGGGAUUUGCAGAGGUUUGGGAGUUUGAUGGCUCCACCGGGUAAUAGGAAAUGGGUUGCGGAGGAAUUAGGUGUUGUUACGGAGUCUAAAGAGGUGGCAAAUGAUUUGAUCACUGAGGCUGUUCUUGAUCAGGUUUUUGGUGAAAAAGCAUUCGAGAAAUAUGGGAAUAUGUUUAUCUCGAUGCAUUUCUCUGAUCAACAUCCAAGUACUCACAGGAAGAUGUUGAUUUUUAAGUUUGCUCUUCCUGCUGUUGAUCACAUGGCUGACAUGACACGACUUGUGGCUCUAAUUCCCUAUUACAUUGAUUUAAUUGGCCGUUACAAACUCAGCUCACAGGCUCGAUCUAAACCUGAAGCAGCCAGGGCGAAACUUGCACAAGAAGUGUACAAGGAACUUCAGUAUGCCAGACAAGAAGCAAUUCAGAGAAAGAAGUUAGAGAAAAAGAAGAUGACAGAAGAGGCUGAGACAAAGCUCAAUGCUGAGGCUUUACGCAAGAAAGAAGCAAAAGAACGUGCUCGUCAGUUGAAGAAAGCAAUGCCUAAGAUUAAGAUGUCUCGUGGUGGUUAAAUCUUUUUGAAGUUCCAUACAUGCAGGUGAACUUGUUAGUUCCCUGUUCUUAUAGUCUUUCUUGUUUUAACUAUGUUCAUUCUCCAUAUAGCUAGAGACAUAAUAGAAACUGUAUGUCCUCACGUUUAUGUACUUUAGUGAGUUUGAUGUAGGGAGUUUAACAGGCAUUUUUGUUUUCGAAAUGUUUGUUGCUUCGUUUUGGUCAGGUUCAACAUCUAGGCAGUUCUAUUCUACCUGUACUCUUAGUUUAUGUAUUCUAUGAAGUCUAAACUGGUUUAGUGGAAAGCUUUAUUGAAUAAGAAAGAAAUUGUUUUUAUAAA